AUGGACAAACAUCAGGGUAUAUACAUGGCUGGCAUCACAUGCAUAUGUCUGAGUGUCUACAACUCGUUGCUGAAGCACUUUCAAUACGGGCCGCAAACUGUGAUCACCGAUGAGUACCUGUUCUGGAAGUGGAGGAAUCAUAUGGUGUCGUUCACACACUCUCUUGUGUCCGCCUUUUGGGGACUUUUAGCGCAACCGAGACUCGCCUUAGAUAUGAUGGACUCGUAUUCAGAGAUGUCUUACUUCGCGCUGUGUUUUUCAAACGGGUAUUUCGUUUACGACAUUCAGCUCUCGAUAUUGNUAGAGCCGAGACUCGCCUUAGAUAUGAUGGACUCGUAUUCAGAGAUGUCUUACUUCGCGCUGUGUUUUUCAAACGGGUAUUUCGUUUACGACAUUCAGCUCUCGAUAUUGAAUCUCUCAUAUAAGGGACGGCUGGAGAUCAUAGUCCACCACAUCCUCACCAUCUCGUGUCUGUCUUUCAGCACUUAUCACAAACAGUUCAUCGGCUACUGUAUGAUUGCACUCGUGGUCGAGAUCUCCAACAUAUUCCUCCACAUCAGACAACUCUUGCUUUUGUUGGGAUUCGUAAUGUGUAUCACAAUUGGCAAUCACACGGACAUUACGGGUAGAGAUUGUGGACUAAGAUAUGUAUCAAAUAGUCUUGUAAUUCAAUACCCAAAACAGUGUUUCCAAAACCAUGUCUCGUCCACAAGGAUUGUCGUCGACUUUAUCGCUAAUCCAUUAGAUCUGAGCGCAAAUAUAAGCAGAAUAUAUGGCGGCAGAAAUGUUGUGGUGGGAGAAUCACCAUGGACUCCUAUGGAUUAUAACAGCAGCGCAUUUAAAACUAGAAAAUCGGAUCACUUUCCCCGAACCCGUAUAUUCGCGGGCAAUAACUUGCGUUCGGGUGGCGGACAGACCGUAUGGGUGGACAGUGUUCACAGAGAGCCCCGGUAUCUGAAGGGAAAUCGUCGACACGAUAUCGCACUCUAUAAACUCAAUCGACAAAUCAAUUUUACGGAUACUUACAAUUUGUUUCAAUAUAAGGCCCAAACAAUUUGUUUGCCCGCAUCCCAACCCAUUGUGGGUAAUGUCAAUGUGUCGGCCGUUAUGUUUGGCUGGGGUUUAAUGCACUCAAAGCCAGGGGAGGAACGAGAGGCUAAUGUCUUACAACGCGGAGAGUUUGUGGUCCAAAAGUGCGGUCAAUUGUAUUGCAGUUUAUAUAAUAGGAAACAACAGACCGCUCGUGGCUGUAAGGGUGACUCCGGUGGCGGUUUAGUCCAGUAUAUCGACAAAGAGAAAACGAGAGCCGUAUUGAUAGGAAUUAACGCAUAUUUUAAGGGCUCAAAUGAAUGUGACAAUAAUCUAACGCAAUCCCUAUGGGUUCCCGCGGUAAACCGUCUGUAUAUCACAAAUACUCUAUUUCAGAUAACACAACGGCUGCGCCUUUGCCGCUGUGUUCAGAUUGGUUUCGGUUCAACCCAUAAUCUGGUGACCAAUACUCCACUACAACUUCCUUUAGUAAAGCCAACAAAAUUGUGGAAUUCCAAGAAUACAGCCCACGGGGCCUCUCCGUACUCAAUGUCCGCACCAAACCCUAUACGACUGUCCACUACAUCGGGUUUAUAG